AGAAGCUUAUAGCAUCGUCAAGUCCUUUGAUCUUCAAGUAUGAGAGGCAUCUAGAAGCCCAUGGACAAGCAUACGAGAUGUAAAGAUGGUAUCUUCCAGAUUCAGCUGGAAACUGAGAGUUGGAAUCUCUUCAAGUAGUGAACUUUGUAGCGAGAGAGAGGAAGCUGUUGUGGCUGAGGAUGGUGGAGUAAGACAUCAACUAAAGCUUCUAUAUAUUAUGUUUCAGCUAAUACAGUUUAUAUACAUAGAUCCAAAAGUUUUAGAGAGUCAAUACUGGCGACGGCUUAUGUCAUUGCUAUGGUCACGCCCACCUGUGAUCAUUAGAACGAUAUACAAUUCUUAGAUUAGUUACAAUACGACGUCGGUUGGUCCACUAACCGAGUCACCUGUGAUCAUUGCUUUUGUCACGCCCACUAACCGACCUUUGCAUUAGAAAAACAAAACAAAAUAGGUUCGUAUCUUUCUACUUACAAAGUUGAUAUCUAUUAGAAAACCCACUUCUUUGUGGUGAAAACUAAUGUACUUUUUACAUGGGUAAGAAAAAGAGAGGUUUUGUACUUCUUUUUUUUUUUUUUUUUGCUGAAAUUUUAAAUUGAUUAUGAACAAAGAAAAAAAUUACAGGCCACUAAGGUUUAUACUUUCAAUCAUGAACACCAUCAAUAAAAGAAACUGGAAAUAACUGGAAAUAACUAGGAGGUUUUGUACUUCGCUGUCUUAGAAUCUUGGUAGAUAGAUUCACACCCCUUUAUUGGUGAUCAUAGUCGAAAUCCAGCUCUCAGUCUUUCAAAUUCACUAACAGUUGAUAAAAAGCGGUAUGAACUGAUUUACAAUGCAACAAACAACAUUCGGCUAAGGUAACACGAGCUGCGGCUCCAACAAUUUCUACAAGAACAGAGCUGCGGCUCGACUUUCUUCUCCACAAUUAGCUAUAGUAUUAUUAGAGAUAUAAGAAGAUGGAUGGUAAGUAGUAAUAAAUGGAGCACGGCACCAUCAUAAUUUAGUAUGAUCUAAAGUAAAUGAUGAUCUGCAUGCAUAUAGAAAAAGCAGUCUAAAAGCAACCACAUUACCCUUGAAAAAUUAUUAAAAGAGAAACAUAAAUUUGGAUUCAGUGACCUGGUUUCUUUUCGAAAGGGAAAAAAAAAUAAUGAAUAAUGCAACCAAUGUUAAUCAAACCUUGGAUUGCAAGGUUAGAAAAGUAUAACUCAGAGCCAACGUGGCAACACAGAGUUUUAGGCUCUAAUUGAUAUGACUAUUUAAAAAAUAUUAUUGACUGUGCCUUCCCAAACUUAACGAGAAAUAAUAUAUGCUCUACCGAAAAAAAAUGAGAAAGAAUGAAAAAGAAAUUAUUCUUUAUAAAUUGGGUAAUUUUAUAGGAAUGAUAAAAAAUUAAAUGUUCCUCAUCAUUUAUUUCGUCACCAUUCAAAAUCUAAUGUUUCAUGUACAAAAAAAUAUUAAUAUAAUGCUUAUUUUAUUAUUAGUAGUAUUAAUUAUUUUUGUCCGUAAAGCCUUCUCGCUCACCUCUAAAAUCUUCAUUUUAUCUGUCACCAAAAUUCAAAAUCGAAAACUUCAUUGUAUCUCUAGCUCGCUCUCCCUGUUGAUUUCUUCAGUUUCCUAAACAAUGGAGAACAGAAAGCGCAAGGAUCGUUCAUAUUCUUUAAGUAUCAGUGGUUCAGUUUCGUUAGGUUUCACAUCGUAUUCCAUAUUCGUUUUUGUUUCAGAUGAUUAUCAGUCGUAAGCGAUAUGAUGUAUUUUGUUUGUAUCAAGCAUGGAUGAAGUUUGUUUUCACUUGAUUGAUUUUGCUUGGGGAACGAAUCUGAUACUCCUUUUGUUUUGCUAUGUGAUUGUGGCUUUGUUACCAAAAAUAGAUUAGGUGUUGUUUCAUAUGAUUAGCACUUACUAGUUAUGAAUUUUGAUAUCUCUUCAAGAUAUUGUGAACAUGCUGAUACUUGACUAUCACUUGUAAGCGGUGUAUUUUGUUUGUAUCAAAUAGCUAUGAAAUUUGUUUUCACUUGAUUUAUUUAGCUUGUGAACUAGCUGAUACUUGAUUUCUUUUUCCUUGUCAAUCUUUCUAAACAAACCUACUAUGAUGUAUUUAGCUUAUGGAACAUGAUUUUUUUUAUCUGGAUGAGUGCUUGUGAUGAAGUUUGGAGAUCGAUUGAUUGUGAACUUGCUUAUACUUUUAUUUCUUCUUUGACCUCUUUCAAGCAUCUCUUCACAAAAAGUCAAAGCCAAAGCUCCUAAACAUGGUGACAACAAGGUCAUGCCUAUCAUGGUAAUAUGUGGGUCUCUAAGUCUAAUCAAAUUAAUACUAAUUUCAAAACUUUAACUACUAAAAAUAAUUAUUUUCUUUGCACAAAGUUUACAAAGACUUGGAAUAGUGGAAACUUCUUCAACAAACACCUAUAAUAUAUGUAGUAAUAAAAAUAUUAAAUUAAUCAUAGAAGCUGAUCUUUGAACAUAAAAAUCUAAGUUUUAAUCAAAUAAAAACAAGUUUUACAUUUUAUUCUGUGAAUAUCUUGAUAUUGAAAAGUACAUUUGUUUAGUAACUGGUUAGCAAUAAUUAAACCUGGAGGGGAUAAAAAAGUUGAACCAAAGUAAACAAUCUCAUAAAUGACAAGUUAAGAAACAAUUUUAAGGUGAACAAUGAACAUGUAGAACAAUUAGAUAUUAACAUGAAUUGCGAGGUAAUAUGAAGUUUCAAAAUGUAGCUUUAUUAGCAACAUUAUGGCAACAAUUUAGUAAUUUUAGAUUGUAUUUUUAUAACUAAGUUCUAAGGAACAAAUAUUUAGGCAGAUUAUAUUUUUCGUUGGGGUUCUCUUUAUUUAUUUAUAUAUAAAUUUGAAAGCAAUAAAAAUAAACAUGGAACAUAUUAGCAUCACAGAAUACAUUUGGGCUUAUAUAUUUAAAGUAUUUUAAAGACUCCUUGAUUUUAUUUUGAAGUAUUGAAAACUCAUUUUAAGUACCAUUUUACUCUGCUAACAUGAUUUUGUUGGUAAUCCUCUGCUAACAUGAUAUUAUGAAUGUCUUUUACAUGUCGAAAUAAAAUAGAUAUAUUUUUGCUUUCUAAACAUCAUGAAUUAAGUUAAGAAUUAAGCUUAUACAUAUUUUAACAUAUACUCUUUCUGUUUUACAAAAAAAAAAAAUCAUUGUGACAUAUUUUACUCUAAUUAAAAAAUUUAUAAAGUAUACUAGUCUAUCUUUAUUUAAUAUACAAUUAAGUAAACAAACUUGAUUUUGAUAAAAAAAUAUUGGUUAUUGAAAAGACAAAUAAAUAAAUAUAUAAAGUUACAUUGAAAAUAUAAAAUCAUUUAGAAAAUAACUGAUAUUUUUUGCGAAACAACGAGAAUGUGAUAUAUGGAAUAUCCUAUCCAUACAGUGUCAAUAAGUAUGAGAAAAGAAAAUUUAACUUCUUUUUUCCUGGUUUGUUCUUUUUUUUUCAAAAGUUGGAUAUGUCAUGUCUUUUUUUUCCUUCUUUUUUGUGUGCACGAUUGGUCAUAUGUCACAAUCAGAAAUUGAAGUAUAUGCCAAUAUUGGAAAAAGUGUAUACUGAUACAAUAGUAAACACAAAAAGAAAAGAAAAUUUAACUGCUCGUGUGUGUCUCUGCCACUAGUCUUCAAUUUUGUCAGCGUCUUCUGAACUUAAAAAGUUGUGUCAUUCAAUCUACAGCUCUUGUUCUUUCUUUUCUUCUCCUUGGUCACUGUCUGUUGUUGUUAAUAUCUGAAACGAAGAAAUAAAGAAGAGAGACAAAAAGACAUCUUUUCGUAUAAUCUUCAUAGUUGUUAAAGAUUCUUCUUUUGGCUAUUAUAUUAUUAUAUCAUAUUUAUCAUUUCAUUGCUGGUUCUUCUGAUAAAAAGGGCGGUCCCUUUCUUCACCAGGUUCUUUCUGGUGUAGCCUUUAUCCAAUUCCAUGACAGAACCAGAGUUGACAAGACACAAGUUGUUAUGUAAUGACUCGACUUGCUUCUUUUACUUACGUAAAGAAUUCUCAUCUCAGGCGAAUCUUUCCCCAAGUGACUCCCGAUUUCUAGGGCUCGAGUCAGUUUAGGGGAAAGUUCAAGAAGCUAAGUUGUUGUUUCCUGAUUACAAAAAUGUCGGAAAGGGUAGAAGCAUCUGUAGCAGAAGGAGAGAACACGAUUGAAGAAAGACACAUUGGAGCUAUGUGGGAGCUAGAGCAGAAACUUGAUCAAUCCAUGGAUGAAGAAGCUAAUAAGAUUAAGAUUAUGUACAGAGAAAAGGGCUUGUCAAUGUGGAUGCUACUGAGACUAUCAUUCCAAAGUCUAGGCAUAGUUUAUGGCGAUUUAGGGACUUCUCCAUUGUAUGUGUUCUACAAUACAUUCCCUGAUGGGAUUAAAGACAGUGAAGAUGUAAUCGGAGCUCUUUCUUUGAUCAUUUACUCUCUUCUGCUUAUACCUCUCAUCAAGUAUGUGUUUAUUGUCUGCAAAGCUAAUGACAAUGGUCAAGGUAAGCUUUUAAAAAGCUUGAUCAUUGUUUUUAACCAAACCGGUUUAGUUUAUACUCAAUGUUUGUGUGCAGGUGGGACUUUAGCUAUAUACUCACUGCUUUGUAGACAUGCUAAAGUGAAUCUCAUCCCGAAUCAGCAACGCAGCGAUGAGGAUCUGACUACUUAUAGUCGAACUUUAGUCGCUGAAGGGUCUUUUGCUGCUAAAACAAAGAAGUGGUUAGAGAGUAAAGAAUCUAGAAAGAGAGCUCUUCUCUUCGUUGUUCUUCUCGGGACUUGUAUGAUGAUCGGUGAUGGUAUCUUAACUCCAGCCAUCUCUGUUCUUUCAGCGACUGGUGGGAUCAAAGUCAGUAGCCCAAAGAUGAGCAGCGACAUUGUUGUGGUUAUGUCCAUUGUCAUUUUAGUAGGCUUGUUCAGUAUGCAACACUACGGUACAGACAAAGUCGGGUGGCUCUUUGCCCCUAUUGUCUUCAUUUGGUUCCUCUUCAUUGGAGCCACUGGCAUAUACAACAUCUUCAAACACGACACGCGCGUUUUAAAAGCGUUUUCGCCAACAUAUGUAUACUUGUACUUCAAAAGACGAGGUCGAGAUGGUUGGAUCUCCCUCGGCGGCAUUCUUCUCAGCAUUACAGGCACAGAGGCUCUAUACGCAGACAUUGCUUACUUCCCGUUACUAGCGAUACAGCUCGCUUUCACCUUCUUUGUGUUUCCUUGUCUUCUUCUAUCGUACUGCGGACAAGCUGCGUAUCUCGUGAACAACAAGGAUCAUUACGAUGACGCGUUCUAUGCAUCUAUCCCAAGGAAUGUAUAUUGGCCAAUGUUUGUAGUUGCCACUGGAGCUGCAAUCGUUGGGAGCCAAGCUGCGAUAUCAGGGACUUACUCGAUUAUCAAGCAGGCUGUGUCUCAUGGAUGUUUUCCUCGUGUUAAAAUUGUACAUACUUCCAAGAAGUUCGUUGGUCAGAUCUAUUGCCCUGAUAUUAACUGGAUGCUCAUGCUUGGCUGCAUCGCCGUCACUGCUAGUUUCAAGAAUCAGAGCCAAAUCGGAAAUGCAUACGGGACUGCGGUUGUGCUUGUGAUGCUUGUGACCACGUUACUAAUGGUACUAACCAUGCUGCUCGUGUGGAGGUGCCACUGGAUCCUUGUCCUUAUAUUCGCCUUCCUCUCGCUCGUGGUGGAGCUGUCGUACUUCUCGGCUGUGCUCUUAAAGGUCAACCAAGGAGGCUGGGUUCCGCUAAUCAUAGCAGCCAUCUCUCUUCUAGUAAUGUCGGUUUGGCAGUACGCAACAGUCAAGAAGUAUGAGUUCGAAAUGCACAGCAAAGUUUCCAUGAGUUGGAUACUCGGUCUUGGUCCUAGCCUCGGGCUUGUUCGUGUCCCAGGGGUAGGGUUAGUCUACACAGAGUUAGCGAGUGGUGUCCCUCACAUCUUCUCUCAUUUCAUCACUAACCUGCCCGCGAUUCACUCUGUGGUAGUCUUUGUCUGCGUCAAGUACCUUCCGGUCUACACUGUCCCUGAAGAAGAGAGGUUUCUUGUGAAGAGAAUCGGACCGAAGAAGUUCAGAAUGUUCCGCUGCGUAGCCAGGUAUGGUUACAAAGAUCUACACAGGAAAGACGAUGAUUUUGAAAACAAACUGUUAACUAACCUCUCCUCUUUCAUCCGAAUCGAAACUAUGAUGGAGCCAGCUUUAACCUCAAGCACCUACAGCAGCGCGUUCUCAGUCAACUAUACACAAGAGUCUAGAGAUGAGUUGCUCCGUAACAAUAGCAACCACAACAACAGCAACAUGGAUAUGUUCUCAUCGAUGGUGGACUACACUGUGUCAACCCUAGACACGAUAGUUCCAGCUGAUUCACCCCGUAAUGCAACGAGUUUAAGUCAGAACAACACGGUGGAGGAAGAGGAGGAGGAGGAGGAGGAUGAGUUGGAGUUUCUAAAGACAUGUAAAGAGUCAGGGGUUGUUCAUAUCAUGGGGAACACUGUGGUGAAAGCAAGAAAUGGAUCAUGGCUUCCUAAAAAGAUUGCGAUUGAUUAUGUAUAUGCGUUUCUUGAUAAGAUUUGUAGAGAGAAUAGUGUUAUCUUACAUGUUCCUCAUGAAACCCUUUUGAACGUUGGACAAGUCUUUUAUAUUUAGUUUUGUUCUUCUUUCUAUUUCUUUUUUCUUUUUGUAAAACAACUGCAGAUGAAGGGUAAUAAAGGAUGCUAAUUACAAA